CAGUAUCGUACUGGACACGUUUGGCAUCGGCAGUAUUUACCGUCCAGAUUGUUCGCCAACGCAAAUUGCUUUCCAGACCGUUUUAAUUGAGAAAGGAUUUUCUUCACGAAGCUUUCUACGUAGCAAAGUCGAGAAUUCACGGUUUCGGUGAACGGAUCGAUAUAAAAAAUGAUUUCCACCGAGCGCACAGCGACAAUCAUCUUUGGAUUAUCCUUUUUCGUAGCUUCAGGUUCCGCUUUACGAUGUUGGGUGUGUUCGUCCAAUGUAAAUGUCAUGUGUAACGACCCAAUGAAUACUACAGAUCAUCAAGCUGCGUUCCAUAUAAGGACUUGUGAUCCAGGUCCCUACGGCUCUUCAAAACCCAUCUGUCGCAAAAUCGUCAAACGAGAAUACGGCGAACGGAUUAUCAUACGCCAAUGUUCCACCCCAUAUCAUGAUGAAAUUGACGUCAUCGACGGUCAAUGCGGCAAUUCCAUGACACAACCAGGACGUGAUGUAAUCGAAUCUUGUCACAUCUGCAGCAGCGAUUUGUGCAAUUCCGCAACGGCCAUCUCCUCGAUGAGAUUGCUUUAUAUCACCAUAAUAAUAUUUCUUGCCUGUACUUUUCACCAGUCGAAAUAUUUUCUUUAACUUUAUAAUAAUCUAUAGUUGAUAAAAGAUAAGAAAAAAAUGCGCAAUCCGAACGAUACCUAUGAAUAUCUGGUUUGUUUAAUUUGAUCUCCCGGAGCCAAAACGCAAAGCUAUCAACGUAAAAAAAUUCAACGUAAAUAAGAUUUCAGGGACUGUAAAGUAUUGAUAAACGCCACUCGAAUGCGUAUCAACACUUUGCAGUCCCCAAAAUCUUAUCGACAUAGAAUUUUUUUUGUCGAUGGCUUUGACUCUAAAGCUCAACUUGGACAGACUUGCUUAAUGUUAUAAAUCUACGACUAACAAACUUUCACAGCGUGAAACGAACGCGUUAUUUCCCGACUCGAUAGUGAUUCGAAAAACAUGUAAAAAAUGCGGCUAAAGAAGCCUCGAAUAAUUUUCUCCCGUUUCAAGAGCAAUCCAAUAUUGCGAAACGAAAAUUAUGAACAAGAAAGCGCACAAAUUAUAUAAUUAAUAUUAAUUCAAUCGAAUUGCUGUAAG